GUCGAACAACAAAUUUCUUCCGAGCACACACGUUUUCCAGAAGACAGUCGCAUCGAACAUGUUUUCCGUUCUGUUGCUAACGUUUUUCAUUCUCACAUCGUCCUUCGAAAGUUCAUCUGGAACACUUAUGGUCGACCGCGACGUAAACGGUUUUCGGGUGUUCGUAAAUGGACUGGAAAUCCUUUACCAUUCCAAUUCCGAGCCGAUGUUCCACAUUUCCCAAACUGAAAUUAACUUCACCGAACGCCACGGAAAUUUCCGAAUAAAUGAAACAAUCGAGGCGGGACCAGUGCCGAUGAAUACUUUCCAUUUGCAAGAAGAAACACUUGAAAAUGAUAGAGUCAUUUGGACGGCCACCCUAUCGAACGCUGAUGAUACGAAUGGCACUAUCAUAUUUCGAUUUUGGCAAGGGGACAACAUCAACAAUUUGCAGAUAGGACUCCGGUUUGAUGUGACUUUACACGUCGGAGACAGUCAAUAUAAUCGAAUUGUCAUGCGAAUUCCUUCCCUGCUCUCGGAGCACUUUUAUGGUUUGGGUGAACAGUUCACCGACUUCGAUUUGAAAGGACACAAAUAUACAAUUUGGACGAGAGAACAGGGCGUUGGACGAAAUCUCUCACAUCCGCUAACGCAAAUAAUGGAACUGAUUGAUCCGGGAACGGGUGGAGAUUUCGACUAUACCUAUUGGCCACAGCCAACUUUUGUCUCCAGUCGUCGCUAUUUCUUUGCUUUAGAAUCCAGUGCCUACUCAAUCUUCAACUUUGAGAAUUCGUCUGCUGUCGAAAUAUCCAUUCAAUCUGCCCAAGCCACCGGUUACUUCGUGGUGGACCAAAUCAGUCUGAUGAGUUUGGUACGUAGUGUGUCUCAGAUCUUCGGGCGACAGCCAGAAUUACCAGAAUGGGUUUCCACUGGUGCCAUAUUGGGAGUCCAAGGCGGAACCGAUAAAAUGCUCCAGUAUGUAAGCGAAGCUGAGAAGCACAAUGUCGCACUGAGCGCGAUGUGGAUCCAGGACUGGUCUGGAAAAAUCACAACGACUUUCGGUACCCGAGUCUUUUGGAACUGGCAAUGGAACCGAGACUGGUAUCCACGAUUGGAUGAAGUGAUUGCCGAAUUGAGGCAACUGAAAAACAUUCGCGUUCUGAGCUACAUCAAUCCGAGUCUGAAUGUCGAAGGGAAUCUGUUUGCUGACGGAGAUCGGUUCGGAUAUUUUUUGCGAAAAGAGGAUGACCUAAGUGAAACGUACGUGCAAGACUUUGGCGAAUUUUACUGCGGCACAGUGGAUGUGUGGAAUUCCGAUGCGGUAGCUUGGUACAAAAAUGUUAUCAAGCGAAACUUGUUGGAAUUGGGAUUUUCUGGAUGGAUGGCCGAUUUUGAAGAAUACACACCGAUCACUGCUUCGACUUCCAACAUUUCCGUCCAGCUGACCGGAUAUGAACGACAUAAUUUACUGCCAAUGCUGUGGGCAAAAGUGAACAGAGAAGCCGUGGAAGAAGCUGGUCUGCUCAACGACGUCAUGUUUUGGACGAGAUCCGGUGCAGCAGGUGCUUCUGGUUACACGACUAUGUUAUGGGGAGGAGACCAGAACGUUGAUUGGACUUUUUCGGAUGGACUGCCGUCGACAAUAACGGCUGCUUUUUCGGCUGCGUUCAGUGGAAUGGGACUGUUUCAUUUUGAUAUCGGCGGAUUUACCACUAAAGAAGCGCUGAAUCUUAUCAAUCUGACCAGAUCGAAAGAACUGUUGCUGCGGUCGGCUGAGUAUGCAGUGUUUACGCCAGUGAUGCGAACACACGAAGGCAAUCAACCAGCAGCAAAUCAUCAAGUGUACUCAGAGGAAGACACGUGGACAAAGUUUGCUCGGUUAACUCAAAUAUUCCGAGCGUUGGGCAAUUACUCACGAACAGCAAUAAGACAAAACUCAAUCGAUGGAAUUCCCGUGAUGCGACCGUUAUUUUUGCAGUAUGAAACCGAUCCGCAGAGUUUCGGCAUCAACUACGAGUACAUGUACGGAGACGAUUUGUUGGUUGCACCAGUUUUGCACAUCGGUCAGGAUCAUCAACGGGUAUACUUACCACCCGACCAGUGGAUUUUUUUGUGGGACAACGAAAAAGUAGUUCAUUUCGGGCCACUUAACGUAACGGUACCGAGUCCAUUGGGACACACACCGGUUUUCUAUCGCAAUCGUUCGAACUGGACGGAUCUGUUCGACGAUAUAAGGAUUAAAUACUCAAAAUAGUAACGAACAGUCGACUGUCAGUUGAAUUGUUCAGCAUAAUUGUUGGUCCCAGCAGCGCAAAAUUGCUCGUGUGUUUUUGGCUUAAGUAUCAUU